AUGACGGAGGUGGAGGCGGAGGCGGAGGUGGAGGCGGAGGUGGAGGUGGAGGCAGAGGUGGAGGUGGAGGCAGAGGUGGAGGUGGAGGCAGAGGCAGAGGCGGAGGUGGAAGUGGAGGCAGAGGUGGAGGUGGAGGUGGAGGCAGAGGUGGAGGUGGAGGUGGAGGCAGAGGCGGAGGUGGAAGUGGAGGCAGAGGUGGAGGUGGAGGUGGAGGCAGAGGUGGAGGUGGAGGUGGAGGCAGAGGUGGAGGCGGAGGUGGAGGCGGAGGUGGAGGCGGAGGUGGAGGUGGAGGCAGAGGCGGAGGCAGAGGCGGAGGUGGAGGCGGAGGUGGAGGUGGAGGUGGAGGUGGAGGCAGAGGCCCAUGUUCACGCCACCGCUACCACCAUCGCCAUAACCACAGCAUUCGUGAGGUUGACGUUGCGUUAG